AUGUCGCCAGCAAUCACGAACAUGUCGGACGCAGUACCAGCGAAGCGUACAGCCGGAGGGGAUCUCAGACCAGGAACCUCGGAAUGGGAUGCAGUAUCAUCCGUCUCUGUGAUCGGUGCUGGACCCUGUGGCUGCUCACUUGCAGCAGACAUGGCUAGUCGGGGGAAAGAGGUCCUACUGUACGGACAUCCUGACCACCGCGGCGCGCUGGGAAUGAUUGAAAAGUGUGGCGGCUACCUGAAUGCAAGCGACAAUGUGCAAGGAAGGUUCAAGAUCACGACGAGCAGUGACAUGAACGAAGUGGUACGGUUCUCGCACUUCAUCGUCCUGACGGUGCCAUCGUUCGCGCAUGACACCCUCCUGGAUGAACUCAGCCAGCAUGAUCUUCGCCAUCACACCCUCAUCGCGGCGCCAGGCAACUUCUUCUCCAUCGCGGCGCGCUCCCGAACGAACGCAGCGAACAUCCUCGAGACCGCAUUAGCUCCAUACGCCACUCGCAUCUCCGGCGACACGGUGAUGGUGAAGGGCGUCAAGGACUGCCUGGCUAUCGGGGCCGAAUCCACCACACACGCGCGCCACUCGCCCCAGUCCUUCCGAGUUCUCCGCCAGCAAGUGCAGUCCAUCUUUCCCCGUCACCUGGAGUGGUGCAAGAGUCUUCUCCAGGUUGGGCUCGCCAAUAUCGGACCGGUGAUUCACCCCGCCACGGCCCUGAUGAACGCGGGCUGGAUCGAAGCCACUCAAGGGGACUUCCACUUCUACGGUCAGGGCAUGUCGCCAUCAGUGUCACGGGUCAUCCAGCGACUGGACGAAGAGCGGAUGGCGAUCGCGAGAGCGUAUGGUUUCGACGUGCCCUCGUUGCUGGAGACCCUGGAGCGCGACUACAAGCUGGGCUUUACGGAAUUCCACCAGUUUGCGCGGGGGUCCAAGAUCCACAACAAGACGAAGGGCGCGCCGACCAACCUGCAGCAUCGCUACGUGCGCGAAGAUAUUGCCUAUGUGCUGGUCCCGUGGUAUGAGCUGGGCUUGAAGUGCGGGCUGAGCUCGCCCACCAUCAAGGCGAUUGUUGAUGUCGCGUCUGUCAUCAAUGGCUGCGACUUUGGACAGAGCGGGCGGAACCUGCAGGCUCUUGGGCUCGGUGGUGCGUCCAAGGAGGAGAUUUUGAAGACUUUUGGGGGGUCGAAGAAUGAUAGUUUGGUGGGCCUCACGCCUCUGGGUCAAUCACAUAGCAACGUCAACCUGGUGUCGUUGCCUUGA